AUGACUGCCGAUUCCGCGUCAUGCCAGUCGCCGUCGCCGUAUGUUGACUUGAUGCUGUACGACGCAUGGUCGUAUGCGAGCAGGAUAAACGCGCGACCCCCUGGGCAGGCAUGGCACUACAACGAGGUUGCGGAAUGCGCAUUUUCACUGUCAAGGACGUCCGUGCGGCUCCAAGCCUUCGAGAUGGGAGCGAAGAACAGCUUAAAGGUCAAAAUUCCGGCGCACAACUCCCGCUGUCAAGAAUGCACAUCGGGGUCCGUUGACACGGCGCUUCGCAUAUCCCGUGUCGACUCAGGUACAGUAUUAGGGGAGCGAAAGACAAUCACUCACUGCACCGCCAGAUGCGCUGUCACCAAACUUGAAUCUGUUGCAAGUAACAACUGUGCCUCGAAGAUCAUACACAGACACUCAUCGAGCAUGAACCUGCGAGCACUGCGGCCCGCCCUCUGCCCAUUCAGAACGCUCUGUCAUUGUGAUCGAAUGAUCGACAUCCAGAUUGCGAUAGGAAGCGGCUCGCCUGUUCGACACAUUUCGCGGCUUGAUGAUUACGGUACCAGUUCCGCGUUAUGUGGUCAGCGCGUGGAGAAUCGAGUGUACUCCAGAGAAGGACUUCAUUCGUCAGCGAUGUCCGCUCGCAUCUCCCCGUACGGUCUUAGAAGGUGA